AUGAAACUUCUUUUGGUCAAUAUAUAAAUGAUGCUGGUUAAAAGUCAAAGGAAGAGCGUGAUUAUUUCAAAAAGUAAGAAAGAAUAAGCAUUUUCAGGAAUCAGGCCCCAAAGGUAAUUAGCCUACUAAUUUAUAAGUUGGUUAUGA